AUGAAGCUCUCCAUCUUCUCCAUCCUCACCCUCGGCCUCGCCGCCGGCUCCCUCGCUGCGCCCACCGCGGUUCAGGAGUGCGACCUCCCCACCAUCACCGGUGUCCUUUCCAGCAUUGGCACCAAGGUCGACGCCCUGGGCUCCGCUAUCCAAGCUUACAACGGUGGCGACGUCGCCAAGGUCCAGCAAGCCUCCGACACCCUCGUGACGGCCAUCAACAACGGCAACACCAAGGUCAGCAGCACGGCCGCCCUUAGCAGCGGUGACGCCCUGGGGCUCCCCGGCCCUGUCAACGACCUUAAGGACAAGAUCACCGCCGUCAUCAACAAGCUGGACGGCAAGAAGAGCCUCAUCGUCAAGGCCGGCAAGGGCACGCAGACCUACAACGACCUGACUCAGCAGAAGGCUGCUGCCAAGAAGCUGUCCGACACGAUCGUCUCUAAGGUCCCUGAGAAUCUCCAGAGCCUGGCUGGCUCCAUUGCUGGCGGUAUCUCUGACGCCAUCAACACCGGUGCGAAGGACUUUGCAGACCAGGCGCCCAAGGGCUCUAAGCGUGAGGAGGCGGCUCCUCUUGUUGAUGCUGCUAUUGCGGUUUAG